AUGGUGGCGCCGGCGCCUCGCUACUGUUCAGCCGAGCUACCGCACUUGUGUUCGUUUACAAAGCCACAGAGCCAACCACAUGUAAACCGGAGUGAGGAAGUUCAUGUUAAGGGGAACUCCUUGUCACAGUUAGAUGAUACGGCGGGCAGCUCUGUGGUUGGUGAAGAGGGACUCACUCAGUCGCAGAGUAGUGAAAACGACGAGUCUGAGGAAGCACCCGAAGCCCCGGAAAGUGAAUACGAGGAUGACUUGGCCCCAGACCCAUAUGAAGAGCGAGGCCCUUUUGAGGAGGUGUAUGAGCGUCUAAGGAAGACCCCGUUGGAGAUUCACCCGUUCCUCGACAUGAACGAACAGCGUUUGCUGCUUGAGAAUGAACGGGUGCAAAGGCACUACGAUGUAUUUCUCUCCAUGGGGCAAAAGCAUGCGCGACCUCUCAAUGAGUUAGGCGCCUUCAGCCGGUGUCUCCUCAACGAAGCUCAUCGCGUUCAUGUUUCGCUCGUGCGUCGUUACAACAAAACCUGCCAGGAGAAGUCACUUCCGCCAAAGAAUGAAACGGAGAUCAAUCACCAGUGGCAAUGUAUCAAAUUAGCCGUGGAGCAGGAUCUCUAUAUGGAAGGGUUUGCGGCAGUUCAGCGUCGGUUGUCGUGUAUGUGCAUAUUUAACCCCAACACCGACGAACGUCCGUAUGGUGACAAUGAAAAUGUUCGCCAUCAACGACUGCUUCGUCAGGAAUGCGUCCUCAACCGCCUCAUGGCGCAGUCAAGGAAGGGGGGGAGCCUGUUUCUGGACUUACAGCAGCAGUAG